CUUAGCCCGCUAUCGUUGAAUCUUACAGCAAGAGCAAACCUUCCCUUGGCUCGAAAAAAGGCCUUUCUAUCGAUUGAUAUUGGUCGAGUCAACAUUUCUGACGAUUGUUUUCCAUACCUAUUCACGACAGAAAUUCUUCAAUCAAGUAUACUGUCUGCUCUGAUUCAUCUUUGCUAUCGAUUAAUAUUCAGUCCAAUUCAUUUACUGCUCGACUCGUUCAUUUGAUUCAUUGAUCGUGUGAGUGCCAAGCAGUAGACGGAUCACGGCGACCUGUAUUUAUUAGUGUCGUCACCUCCCACCUGGAACUUACCGUGUUCAGCUAUCUUGGCUUUUUGCUUUCUCUGAUUGAAGAUUUUCGUCAGCAAACACUCUCUAACGGUCUUCUCAUCACUAUCUCCAUGUGCCUAGAAACUCGGCAUCGUUGAAUUGAUCGACAAGACUAUCAGCAAGCGGCGCGGCCCCUGCCCUUCACUGUCUCGUCAUUGUCACUUUAUUGUUUUCCAAGCCUGAACACCAAGGGAGCCGCCUGGCCCGGCCACUCCAGUCAAGCCAAGCGCCCCCCUCUCCCCUCGUUCCCUGUCAGGCAAAGCGUUAAGCGACUCCAGGUUCAACGCUGCAGCCGCUGGCCGACUGGGCUUCUUGGCUGCUUUGUUUUGCUUUGUCUUGCGCUGCUUGUCUGUUCGAUUCCUUGAUAGACAGUUUGCUUACCGUUUGGCUUGCUUGGCUCACCUAUGGUAGACGACUUGCUCACUGCUCUUCAAUCAACCCCCAGCACUUGCAGUGAUUCAUCACUGCAACGUACCGCAAGCUGUGCUGCCCCUGCUGUCGCGCUGUGCUUAAUGUCUGAGCGCUUUAUCUGAGUGGACACGACUCCGGCCAUUCACUGCCCCACCCCCGGCCUUGCGGUCCCCCGGCCUGGGCGAUCCAUCCUUACUACCAUCGUCCCAGUGAACUUGACGUCUUUCACUUUUACUCCCGAUACCUAGCAACGCUACGGAUACUGACCACAUUCAUCCACAUCGCUAUCCACAUCCACAUCCGCAUCCUUUAUCCGCCAUCCUCGACUUUCGAUCGCGAACCUUACCCCCGAAUCGCAUUAUCCACCCAAGAAUCACUCGUUUACGUUUCAUUUACCGUCGCGUUCUUGCGUCCAUUGCGUGGUGUGACCUCAAAUCAUAUCCAUAAUCGCGCCUCUAGCACCCUUCAUCCAGUAUGUCGGCUCCAGCGGACUCCACCAUGAGCGGUGGUAACGCUGCGCCAGUUGAAACUUCGCGGCUCGAACAGCCUAACGAUGCUGUAGCCAUGGAAAACAUUACCAAGCCCUCCGAGCAGAAGCCUGCCGAUCACGAGCGCGAGUCUGCCGAUGAGACGAGCGCAGCUGAGCCAACACCCCCGACCAACGUGCCAGCACCAUCCAAGACCACCGAUCAACCUACCACCGCAGCACCAGCUUCACCAAAGGGCAAGGAAAAGGAGACGGCACCUCCACCCCCGACCAAGCAAGACUCGAAUCUGGGUAUAGGACCUGCCGUAGAUGAUAUUCGCGAGAUCUCAGGGGGCUCUUCAGAUGGACCCGUCUGUACUAUUACGCUUCUCCUUACUUCAGGAAGCCGACAUCCGUACAAGAUUGACGCCAAAUACCUGUGCCGGAGGAACGUGGAUAUUCCAGAUCAGACAGAGGGCGGCCUUCCGGACCCGUUUAGUAUCAGCAUUUACACCCUCAAGGAAUUAAUAUUGAGAGAAUGGAGGAGCGAUUGGGAAGCCAAGCCCAACAGUCCUAGCAGCAUCAGACUGAUUCAUUUUGGAAAACUAUUAGACGAUAAGGAACAGUUGAAGAAAUACCAGCUUUCGACUGAGAGCCCCAAUGUGGUGCACAUGAGCAUUCGGCCGCAAGACCUUGAUGAGGAGGAGCCUAAGAGUGGAAGCAAGAAUCUUUCAUCGGGUAGUGGCGACGGCCAACGUUCCCGAGGUGGAGGCUGCUGCGUCGUCUUGUAACGAGCGACAGCCCUUAUGGGGUCUGGCCAUUGUCGAGCUGAUCAAGUUCGAUUAUUGUUCUCACCGGAAGAAACUCGCUAUUGCUUUGUUCAUCCUCUCCUGGUUGCUGUAGGUUGAAGAGAAAAUCACCCCCAGCAACCAGAAAGCCUUCAAGUCGAGAUGGUGAGCAGCGGGACGUUGCCCGUGCACUCUUUAAUCAAUUUCUUGGUCUAUUCUUUUUGCAACCGCUCAGCAGAAGCGAAACAUGGUUCUGACGGGCGGAGACGGGGUUAAUGGAGUUUACAUUGGCGUAUUAUUGUGUGCUUGAAUCAUGGUUUUGUUAUAUUUGAUUUAUCAACUUCUUUUCAAUCGGCAUGUUGCCGGCAGCGUCCUCAAUUAACGCAUUUCUGGCAAUAUAGAGCUUAUUCCUGUAGCGGUAUAAACAGAAUGGAUCACAAUUAAUGAUUCUUUUCAUGAGGGUGCCUGUUGGCGGUCUUUCACGUUCUUGGUCUUGUCUAAAUGUAGGAAACCAUGGGUGUACAGAGCGACAGCUGAAGCCUCUUCCUUCUCUCCAUUGUAAAUAAACUGCUGUUUACUGGAUCUUGAGCUUCUUCUCCAUCUCGUCAUGGAAUCCAGCCACGGCCCUUGUCUCAUCGCCCUUGAAAACAUCCUCCCAGGUAAUAGUAGUAUCGCGGCCCCUAAGAAUUUCCUCAUGGACGCUGGGCAGACCGCCGCCGAGAGCCAUGGGCCGCCACUCGCCGUUCUGGACGAUCUUGAGCUCCAUACCACGACGGAUGGGCUCGGCCAUGCCGUAUGUUCGUCGAAGGGUCUCCAUCUUGAGAGACUCCUGGGUGGCCUCCCAGUUCUUCAGUCGAGCUUCAAGAGGGUGGGCAGAAGCAGGUGUGGUCUUGGAGUCGAAGGGAGAUGCGCCGACACCAUGGCGGAG